AUAUACCGUGGGUAGAAUCAAUUUUAAUUUUAAUUUCUUGAAUAUAUUUUACCAUUAUUCCAAACCACGGCAAAAACAGUUUGUUAAAAUACGAACCCUUUUUUCCUGCACCAUUUUGUUCUGCACCUUUUACAAACCGUUUUUUUUACGCAACAAGCGAAACAAGCGCAUCACAACAGCCACACACACACACAUACACGUUGUGCAAUCCCGACCCGAUCAGCUGUCAACAGCCAUACGGCAGGUUGGGGGUGCAGAUUCCAAAACAAAGGCACUUUUCGCUUGUUUAUUUUUCUCCGCCUCUGUUUGCUGCUGGUGCUAAAUUCGCGCACCGUAAAAAAGCACACAAAAUAAAACCGCACGAGCUGUGCCGUGAUUACAUCGGAUCGGAGCAUAUCAAGGAGCAUAGGUCGUGUGACAACACGUUUCAACACGUGAAGAGGAACGUGGAAUGCUGGUUCUGUGAAUCACCAAUCAGUCGGAAGUGCUGCGGCAGUAUGUAAGACACAGAGAGAGAGAGAGAGAGGGAAAGAGAAAGGGAGCUGUUUAUCAGCCCUUCAUUGUGUGCUACAAAUAGGCAACCGUCCCUGUGUGUGAGUGUCUUUUUUCUCACUCUUUCCCCCUCGGUGCGCACAGUGGCACACGUCUUAUCAGUUGUAGGGCGCCAUCAUUGCGUCGCCGUUCUGAGACACUGACAACAAUCGAGGCGGUGAAUUCAUUGCUGCGUGAUUAUCGCACCAAAAGGUAAAACUACCUGCAAAAACCUGUGCCUGAACGCGGCAAAGCCUUCCGUCACGUCACACACCGAGGAACGCAGGAAAACGAAACGGGCCAAAUGAACGACAAUAUCAAGUACGAGAUGGACAUGAAGAUGGAACCGUCCAGCCCGCCGGAAAAGGAUCGCAACAUGUACUCGCGGUGCUCGAGCGCGGGCAGCAUCCACACACCGACCUCCUCCGCGCACAACUCGGAGGACGAGGAGGACUCGGGCGACAACAAGAGCAGCACGAUGAGCUACAAGGAGCGCCGGCGGGAGGCACACACGCAGGCGGAGCAGAAGCGGCGCGACGCGAUCAAGAAGGGGUACGACUCGCUGCAGGAGCUGGUGCCGACCUGCCAGCAGACCGACGCGUCCGGCUACAAGCUGAGCAAGGCGUCCGUGCUGCAGAAGUCGAUCGACUACAUCGGCUACCUGCAGCAGAACAAGAAGAAGCUCGAGGAGGAGCGGGCCUCGCUGCAGAAGGAGGUGAUGGCGCUGCGCAUCAUCAAGAAGAACUACGAGCACAUGCUGCAGCACCAGCAGACGUCGCCGGGCCGGACCGAGGCCCGGCUGAGCGACGAUGUCAAGUUUCAGGUGUUCAAGGCGAUCAUGGACGAGAUGUUCGUCACGUUCGAGCAGCUGCCGAUGAGCGACUUUGCCGAGCUGACGUCCGGCGUGAUACCGUGGCUGGAGGAGCACUGCAAGCCGCACCUGCUGCGGGAUGUCGUCAACCGGAUGCUGGCCCACAUCACCGCGAACUGUACCGCGGACAGUGGGGCGCCCGACCUGGGCAACCGGGAGAUGAACUGAGAGAAAGAGAGAGAGAGAGCGAGCGAGUGGUCGCACAUUCGUUAUUAUGCACUGUUUGCUGUUGUACAUGUUUUUUUUUUCACCCUGUAUCCUUUUUUAUUUUGUUACUCAAUGCUCAGGAACAGUAUUGGACGUAUUGUCUGGGCGGAUAUAUCUAUACAUCACAAACAAAAAGCGUACGAGCAUGUUUGUUAUACGUGGGAGGGUCUUAGCUGCCGACUAUGCAAUGGGAAGAAUAGAUUGGUUAAUAUAUAUACAUACAAACGUAAA